AUGGGUCCUGGCACAAUUACAUACAUUACUGCAUUCAUUGCAGCUUAUGGAUUCCUGUUGCAGGUUCCGACGCUAGCAACGCCGCCGCCGCCACCAACAACAACAAUCCCAUUCCCACCAUUGUUCGGGCAAGACCCAGAUGUCCAGAUGUGCCUAACAACUUUGCAAACCGUCCAGGGAUGUCUACAAGAGGUCAUAAUCUCUUUCCUUAGCAUCCAGCUCCAACUCGUUGGCCCUGCCUGUUGCAAGACCUUUAUUGAUAUUGAGGAUAAGUGUUUGCCUAAAAUUUUUCCCUUUGACCCUUUCUUCGUCACAUUGCUUAAGAACCAUUGCUCAACUGUGGUGUUGCAAGCAGCACAAACACCGCCAGCAACCGCUGCCCGCAAAGUUGUUGGAAACCGAAACAAUUAG